AUGGGCUUCCAGGCUUCUCUCUUACUUCUCCUGGUUCUCACCUGCCAAGAGCUUCAGACUCAGUCAGAAAAAGAUCCGAGCAUAUGCAAUCUGCCUCUGGAGAAGGGCUCCUGUCGCGCUGGCUUGUACAGAUGGUAUUACAAAAUGGAGGAAAACCAGUGUGAGCCAUUUCUCUACGGGGGCUGCGAAGGAAAUGACAACAGGUUUAGGGAGAAAAUUCUGUGUGAGGAAGCCUGCAAAACCACGUGA